AAUCUCUCUCACCUCGGACGUCGGCCGUUACUUUUUGAUUUCGUUACCAAUAAAAAAAAAAGAGAUUAAAAAGGAAGAGGUGGUGAUUGAAACGAUUCCUCCAAAACAAGAAAGAUCGAGAAGGAAUCUGAAUCGUUUUCUGAACAGAUAUGAGAAUCGGCGGCGCGGAGAUUAUGAUGAUAUCUUCGUCAGCGGUGGAAGCGUUGAAUCUCAAGGAAGCUUCGAGUUGGUGGUCGGACGUAAACGAGUCGCCGAUUUGGCAGGAUCGCAUCUUCCACGCGCUCGCUGUUCUCUACGGCAUCGUUUCCAUCGUCGCUGUGAUUCAACUCGUGAGAAUCCAAUUUAGAGUUCCGGAAUACGGAUGGACGACGCAGAAGGUCUUUCACUUUCUCAAUUUCGUUGUGAAUGGAGUCAGGGCUGUGGUUUUUGUAUUCAGACGAGAUGUGCAGUUCAUGCAUCCAGAGAUUCUGCAACAUAUCUUACUUGAUAUCCCAAGUCUUGCUUUCUUCACCACCUAUGCUCUUCUUGUUCUCUUCUGGGCGGAAAUUUACUAUCAGGCGCGUGCUGUGUCCACUGAUGGACUGAGACCAGGCUUCUUCACAAUCAAUGCAGUUGUUUAUGUAGUUCAGAUUGCUCUUUGGUUGGUUUUGUGGUGGAAGCCUGUUCGUGUUAUGGUGAUUCUAUCAAAAAUGUUCUUUGCAGGUGCUUCAUUAUUUGCUGCCCUUGGAUUUUUACUUUACGGUGGAAGGCUUUUCCUGAUGUUGCAACGGUUUCCAGUAGAAUCUAAAGGGCGGCGCAAGAAGCUGCAAGAGGUUGGUUACGUGACAACCAUAUGCUUUACAUGUUUCCUUAUCAGAUGUAUCAUGAUGUGUUUUGCUGCGUUCGAGGAGGGGGCAAACCUUGAUGUGUUGGAUCAUCCCAUCCUUAACUUCAUAUAUUAUCUGUUGGUAGAGAUAUUACCUUCCUCUCUAGUCCUCUUCAUAUUGAGAAAGCUACCACCAAAGCGAGGCAUUACACAAUACCAUCAGAUUCGCUGAAAUGUAAAGACACGACAACUACUGAUCAGACGGAAGACGAGACCAAAUAUGUUUCUUUAUCGGAUGUGAUCAGUCUUUUUGGUUUGUGUUGUUCCCUUUAUAUAGGUAAUGUUGUAAAGAAAUGUUUAAAAAAUCUUAUAAAGUAAUUAUUAAUAUAAA